AUGCGCGGUGCUGGUGUUGUUGACAGUGGCGGUAAGAUGGCUGCUGUCGGGGAUGCUGCAGCUCCGGGGCUGAACGGGUUAAUCCAGCAGUUCACCAGCAUUACCGGAGCCACGGAGAGCGUGGGCAGACACAUGCUGGAGGCCUGCAACAACAACCUGGAGAUGGCCGUCACCAUGUUCCUGGACGGAGGAGGACUGACCGAGGAGCCGAGCACCAGCUCCGCCUCGGCUGGAACCUCCACAAGCAGGUGCCAUACAGACGAUGAUGUCCGAGCGCCCAUCCCUCAGAAACAGGAGAUCCUGGUGGAGCCGGAGCCUCUGUUCGGAGUACCCAAGCGGCGGAGACCGGCGAGAUCCAUAUUUGACGGAUUUCGGGACUUCCAGACCGAAACCAUCAGACAGGAGCAGGAGCUGAGGAACGGAGGAGCCAUGGAUAAGAAGCUGAGCACCCUGGCUGAUCUCUUCAGACCCCCCAUCGAACUCAUGCACAAGGGAAGCUUCGAAACGGCGAAGAACUGCGGUCAGAUGGAGAACAAGUGGUUGAUGAUCAACAUCCAGAACGUUCAGGACUUCGCCUGUCAGUGUUUGAACCGGGACGUGUGGAGCAACGAGGCGGUGAAAGCCAUCAUCAGGGAGCACUUCAUCUUCUGGCAGGUAUACCAUGACAGCGAGGAGGGGCAGCGCUACAUUCAGUUCUACAAGCUCAACAAGUUCCCCUACAUCUCCAUCCUGGACCCGCGGACAGGUCAGAAGAUGGUGGAGUGGAACCAGUUAGACGUUACCUCCUUCCUGGAUCAGGUGACGGGGUUUCUAACCGAACACGGACAGUUAGACGGACUCUCCAGUUCACCGCCGGCUAAACGCGCUCGAUCUGAGAGUCUGAUCGACGCGAGCGAGGACAGUCAGCUGGAGGCGGCGAUCCGAGCGUCUCUACAGGAAACGCACUACGACUCCCAGCAGGAGAAACCGGAGUCCGAUAACGACUCGGACGCCGAGGCUUUCUCCGACAGCGAGGGGAUGAUCUCGGUGGACGGUUCCGACACCGAGGAGGGAGGGAAGGACUCUGUGGACGGGACCGCCACGCCUAUACAGACUCCGCCCGUAUCGGUGGAUAGCCCCGCCCAGAACAGAAAGUCCCCACACAAAGAGUCGAACCACAGAAAAGAGGAGAGCAAGAAGAACCACACGGAGGCGCCGGAGAGCAGCCACGCCCACACAACACAACCGCACCACCAACCGGGACCUGUAACCACGACUACAACGCCCCAGACCACACACGCCGAGGACAACGGUCCGAAGGCUCAACUGAUGCUGAGAUACCCGGACGGUCAACGGGAGCAGAUAGCGCUGUCAGCAAACGAUAAGCUCAUGGCCCUGGUGAGACACGUCCAGGUGAACGGGUACCCCAACGAACGCUUUGAACUGGUGACCAAUUUCCCGCGGCGGAAGCUGACGCACUUGGACUAUGACAUCACGCUGCAGGAGGCGGGGCUCUGUCCUCAGGAGACUGUGUUCGUACAGGAGAGGAACUAAAGCUCCGCCCUCAGCUCCGCCCCCUCAGUUAUGUUUCCGGCUCGCCGCCGGGGGGGAGCGGGUCGACCCCCUCUCUGCGGACGGACCGCGCCCCGUAUUUAUUUGUGAACGACUCGGCCGCGCCCCGCUCACGUCGGGGACCGAACGGCGUGGAGUCGUGAUGGAUAAGCUCGUACUGCCGGCCCGGCCGGUCUGAUCCGGUCUGAUACUGAUGAUUCCCUCCAACAAGUAACCAGUACAGCGCUCAGAUUACCCCCCCACACACACUUUAUUUUUUUAUGUACAUGCUUUUCUUUAUUCCAGUAUGUAUAACACGCCCUCGUCCACGUGCCCCCCCCCAUCAUGGGUCUGGUUUCAUCAGUACACCCCCACCGAACAGCUCUGGAAUGAACCGGAACUUCAACUGACCAUACAAUUGUGGCCAUCUUUUGACUAAACGGGCACAAAUUCCCAUACACAGACACACUCAAGUCCUGUGAGAAGCUUCUCAGAGGAGUGUCCACAUACUUUUGGCCAUAUAAUGUAUGUGGACACUACUUAUAAUCAUCAAAUCUGUGUGUUCUGGCCACGCCCAUUUCUGACAAGUGUAACACAAUCAAUAAUGUCAAACAAACGAUAUGGUCCCACUUUCUUUUAAUGGUUUGGGGAAGGUCCUGUCCUGUUCGACCAUGACUGAGUGUUCGCUGUGCACCAUGACACAGAUCUCCCCAGGUAUCCACACACACUUGGUCGUAUUGUGGAUCUGAUCGGCUGAAUGAUUAGUUUGGCGUGCAGGAUCAGUCCUAGUAUCGAUCCACCUUAAUUUGGGGGGUCUGGUGCUUUAAAUAAUCAAAUCGAAUCUCAGUGGUGCUCUCGACCCUGACCGGGCAAUGGGCACAGUUGGACGUGACUGAAGGAAGGGGGUGUGAUUAUUUUUACAGAGUGGGUGCCACCUGAAUUCACUGUUCAUGGUUCUCAGUCAGAUUGGGAUCCUUCUGUCACCACGUUUCAGUGGGUCCGUGGGUCUGAAUGGUUCCUGUGAUGUUCCUGGUGUUAUGGAUUGGAGAGGGGACGUGGACACGGGUGUGUGGUUUGUUUGUUUUUUGUUUUUCCCCCCUGUGGUCACUCUGGAGUUCUUGUUCUUGGAGGGAAUCUUCAGAUCACGUUACAAACAUGUAAAAAAGAAAAAAGAUGGAACACGGACGUUUCUGCGCCGAGCAGGACGCUGUUGGACGUUAUCUUUAACUCUAGUACGUUUCUCUCUCUUUUUUUAUAAGCUGCAUCAUUUCCACAAAAAAAUCAAAUAUAACCAUAAAAAAAAGGGUGUGGUCGUGUUCUUG